CAAGCCUGUGAUUCUGUGCACCAUUUUGUCUACAUGGUUUUUCAUUUAAUAAUGUGGUGCAGAUGGUUAUUUUAAAAAUUAUUUACAUGAAAAAAGUACAUGGAGAAAAAUUUAUACAGGGAUACAUUCACAUUAUAACUUCAGAGAAAAUCAUUUUUAAAAGUUUAAGACACAGAGAAACCACAAUCAUAAACAUAAGAAAAUCUGUUAAACAUCUGUUACACAGCAGAAGUGGAGAAUUAGCACUGACUCUUAGGAAGCGUGAGUCAGGAAUGGGCCAUAUGUAGCCUAAGAAGUGAUGUUAUCAUCUUUCCUAGACAUUCAUGUACAGUUUAGGUGCCCAUAUUUUAAAGAGUUUAUGGUAGAGAGAAGUUGAGGGAGUGCGGAGAAGAAACAAAUGAGUUGUUUUGGGGAAUUACAACUGCCUCCCCCACUUAUAGGACAAAGAGAUUGAUUACAGAUUUUUUUUUUAGAAAACAGAAAUUGAAGGUCAUUGGAAAGGCAUUUAUUGGAAGGGACCAGCAAUAUAAAAUUUCUUUGAAGAAGAGAGGAAGGGAAAACAGUAUUGAUUUAAGAGACAGUAAGCAAUUAGACUGGCAUUGAAAAGAGACACCAAAGAAAAUCUUGAAAUGUUAAAGGGGAUCGUGUGCUAGAGUCGUGGAGCCUCAGCCACAGUCCAUUCUAAGAUUUGUUAUCAAGGAGUGGUUCUGACUUUAGAAGGAGACCCUACUUAGGAGCUCAGUGGGAUACCUUCCAUCUGUGUAUUCCACAAACAUUGACAGGACAACCUCUGUGUGCCAGGCAGGCAGCCAUGCACUUGGGGACAAGUGUUAGUGAAACAGACAAAACCCCUGCUUCACAGAGAUUCAGUCCCAGUGCUGUCAAGAACGAUGCCAUUUCCCAUAGCACAUGUGGAAAUUCUGUGUUGUACUGUUACCCUAGCAGAGCUGAUCACACUGUUGAAUCAUUUGCAAUCUUUUGUCAUCAACAUCACUCUUCUUGAAUCCACAUGGAUGUGAACGUAGAAUUGUCAGACUCGUAUAGUCCGAUGGGAUUCGUAUAUCCUGCCAUGCUGAAUAUGAACUCUUCCUCGUCCCUCAGAUGAACGCCAGAGCAUGUGAAUUGGAAUGCUCACUUAUCUUCGGAGUCCGCAAAGCUUAGUUUCUAGCCAGUGAUUGAAUUGUGAGGAAUUUCAGUUAAGGGAAGGUCCUCACCUCUAGUGGGCAUUUUUUGUGUUAAGGUUUCAUUUCCUUUGUGUCCCUGUACCUGAAAUGUGAUGCCGCUAAAAGAGCAGUAGCCAAGCAGCUUUAUAGACCCUCAGAAUAUUCCAUAUUAUUUAGAAAUCCCUAUAUAUAUUGCUUAAAACUUGUCUUUGUUAAUGACAUUUCAUAUAGACCAAAGAUCUUUAUGCCCUCUAAUUUCAUGGACUAGAAUGACGAGAAUCAUUUGUCCUUCUGUGAGCAACUGUGAGGACUUAAUAACUUUAGAAGCUGGAAUUUAGAAAUGUGUUUGACGUUAUUACGAGCGACAGCUUUUCCAUAAGCCUUCAUCUGAGACUGUCUAUAGUAAAAAUUAAGGUUUUUUGAGGGGGCUCUGUGAUUUAAAAUUCUAAUAGACUUUCUUUUUCUCAUGAGUCAGAAUGAUUUACAUACUAAACUUAAGAUUUCUAUUUCAUAGGUUGCAAACACCAAGAAAGAAACCGUUUUCAAAUGGCUCAAGGAUGACGUUCUAUAUGAAACGGAGACAUCGCCUGACCUGGAGAGGGGAACCUGUCAGCUGCUCAUCCCAAAGUUGUCAAAGAAGGACCAUGGUGAAUACAAGGCAACCUUGAAAGAUGACAGAGGCCAAGAUGCGUCCAUCCUUGAAAUAGCUGGCAAAGUGUACGACGAUAUGAUUUUGGCAAUGAGUAGAGUCUGUGGGAAAUCUGCUUCUCCACUGAAGAUACUCUGCACCCCAGAAGGAAUACGACUUCAGUGUUUCAUGAAGUAUUUUACAGAAGAAAUGAAAGUGAACUGGCAACACAGAGAUGCUAAGAUCUCAUCCAGUGAGCAUAUGAGAAUCGGGGGGAGUGAAGAGAUGGCCUGGCUGCAGAUAUGUGAGCCGACGGAGAAGGAUAAAGGAAAAUACACUUUUGAGAUUUUUGAUGGCAAAGAUAACCAUCAACGCUCCCUCGACCUGUCUGGACAAGCUUUUGAUGAAGCAUUUGCAGAAUUCCAGCAACUCAAAGCUGCUGCUUUUGCAGAGAAGAAUCGUGGCAGGUUGAUUGGCGGCUUGCCUGAUGUGGUGACCAUCAUGGAAGGGAAGACCUUGAAUCUCACCUGCACGGUGUUUGGAAACCCCGACCCCGAAGUGGUUUGGUUCAAGAACGACCAGGACAUCGAGCUCAGCGAGCACUUCUCGGUGAAGGUGGAGCAGGCCAAGUACGUCAGCAUGACCAUCAAAGGCGUGACCUCUGAGGACUCGGGCAAGUACAGCAUCAACGUCAAGAACAAGUAUGGCGGGGAGAAGAUCGAUGUGACGGUGAGCGUGUACAAACACGGGGAGAAGAUCCCGGACGUGGCCCCACCCCAGCAAGCCAAACCCAAGCUCAUCCCGGCGUCUGCCUCGGCGCCAGGCCAGUGAAGGCGUUUUCGCGGCCUGGAGAGGGGAAAAUAUGCUUGGCAGAGACAGGAGUGCUGUGUGCUUGUUCCAGAGGAGCGGCCGGCGUCCGAGUGGCGUCCUGUGUGGGCCGGUAGUUGAUCACACAUUGUGCUUUUGAUUUUUGCGUUUGGUGAUGAUUAUACCCGUCUAAGGGAGAAAGCUAACAUUUUCCACAAGACAGAACAACGUGUUUACACGAGGGUAGACGGCAGGCACCUGACAGAGAGUGGGUUGGCAGAUCACACACUAGCAUUUGCAUGGGUGUGGGCACAUGGGCGCGGCACCCGGACGUGUGGAGCAUGUGGCGGUCUGUGUGAAGCCACCGAGAAGCUGCCGUGCUGCUCUUUGGGAGCCGCGGGAUCUAGCAGCUCUGAAAUCUUGGCUGCGGAGCCUUUGAAGCAUGUGUUACCUGGUUAAGCUUGUUUUUUCUUGCUUUAGGCAAAUAAAACUUUAAAAAUCA